UUGACAGAUUUGUUGUUUAUUGUUUUAGGAUAAAUAAAUAAUUGUAUUUUGUAAUUAAUAAUAGAAAUUUUAUAUUUAAAAGAUCGAUAUUGUCGAUAAACAUUUCUCAAGUUCAGGUGCAGCACAAACACAAUGUUAUUCUAGCUUCGUAAAAUCCAAAAACACCAAUUACCAGAAUUGAAAAAAUGGAAAUGGAAGAAAGUAGCUCUGGGGCCCAACGGGGUGAGAAUCUCAACGAGGACAAGAAAGAAAGGUACGACAGUACUAGUCGUUGGAACAAUUUGCAAAUUAUAAAGCAAAAGAAGAAGGAACAGCUGCUGUACCCAUUGAAUGGUAAACUGCAACGGUUGGCUGUUUACUCAAAAUGUCAGAGCGCCAAUUGUGAAUGUAUUGGAUGGAAACUGCCAAAUGAUCGGAAGUCCGAAUACCCUUUAUCCAGUAAAGGGGAUUCUCGAGUUCGAGGAUUUGAUGAUAUUUGUAAAUGUGAACAUACAUUAGAAAUGCAUAUAUCUCAUCUGCGAUCUAAAUCUGAAGAAACUAUCAACUGGUUACUGGGAAUGGUGGUGGAUGUAGACAAUAUGUACACGGCAAUGUCAAGACAAGUAAACCCAGAAACAAGAAAAGUGUAUUUGUAUUUUUUUAAGAUUCUUAGAAAUUGCGUUUUAACUCUGCAAAAACCUUCAAUAGAAGGCCCUGUGGGACAACCUCCGUUUGAAACCCCCAGUAUUUACAAGGCAGUUACUAACUUGCUGAUAUAUAAAUACUCUCACAUAGGCCAAGAACUGAAGUCUAUGUAUGACCUAGUUAAAAUACUGUUUCAUUGUUUGAAUACUUGGGAUUUUCCUGCACCUAGCAGUCAAAAGUACAUUAUCAGCGCUGAAGAGGCCAGCUUGUACACCAUCGAGUAUACUAGGUGGUUGAUUUUUUGUUAUGUACCUACAUUUUGUGACUCUUUGCCUCACUACGAAACCAUCCAAGUUUUUGGCCGAAGGCUACUCAGGGCCGUUUUCAGAUACGUUAGAAAACAAAUGAUGGACCAGUUUCAAAUGGAACGCGACACAAUGACUACAGAAAGAAGAAUAAUGCUCUUGAAUAAUUUUCCACCAUUUUUAAAUCAGCUCGAAGAGGAAAUUUACGCUCCCAAUUCUCCUAUUUGGGAUCCGGAUUUUAAGGCGCAACCCAUAAGCUUUCCCAUUGAGCCUAAUAAGUUAAAUAAAAACGUUGUGGUACCUAAGAAAGGAGAAUUUGAUAGGCUUAGUGGUGGGACGUUGGAUAAGGAUGGGUUUAUUACUGUGACUGUUUCUUCAGGUAAGGCGAUAAGAUCUACUGAUGCAACACCACAACGGGAAACCAAAAGACGCAAAAUGGAAGAGGCUUUCGAAGAUCUCCCGAAAGAAACGGUUGACGAAAUAUGUAAUAUUAUCGACGAUCCAAACUAUAGAAGCGAAACUGACAUGGUGUUCUCUGAAAAUGCUGCCGCUAAUGACGAGACACCCAAACAAGAAGAACAAAAGGGAAUUAUUAAACUACACCUAAUAGGAAAUAGCUUGACCAAGCCCGUAUCUAAGCAAGUGAUGCUGUGGCUUAUAGGCUUGAAAAAUGUUUUUUCACAUCAGUUACCUAGAAUGCCUGCAGAGUAUAUAACUUUGCUACUAUUCGAUCCAAAACACCGCACAAUAGCUCUGAUUAAAAACAACGAACCAAUAGGUGGAAUAUGCUUCAGGCCAUUUUUCACUCAAGGCUUCACCGAAAUCGUGUUUUGCGCUCUAAUUUCUCGAGAGCAAAUUAAAGGUUAUGGUACCCAUAUGAUGAACCAUCUCAAAGAUUAUCAUGUUUCUAAAGAAAUCUAUCAUUGUCUGACUUAUGCUGAUAAAGAAGCUAUAGGUUAUUUUGAACGUCAAGGAUUUUCAGACCACAUUAAAAUAAGCCAAUCAGUGUACCAAGGUUACAUCAAAGAAUACGAAGCUGCAACCUUGAUGCAUUGUGAACUGAAUCCCAAAAUAAUUUAUACUCAAGCUACAAAUGUGCUUCAAAGACAAAAAAAGUUUAUUAAGCAGCUGAUUUAUCAUCAACAAAGGACAGUGGCUAAAGUGCAUCCAGGUAUAACGUUCUUCAAAGAUGGCGUUGAAACUAUUCCAGUUGAAUCAAUUCCUGGUUUAGAAGAAACUGGAUAUAAGCCGGCCAAUAGGAUUACGAGGGGGCAACUUCUAGAAGAGUCUCAGGAUGUUGAUACUCUUACUAAUAUGCUUAAGGGUGUACUUAAUGCUGUGAAAAAUCAUGAUGCUUCAUGGCCAUUCAGGCAACCUGUAAGCAAAGCUGAUGUUGCCGAUUAUUACGAUCAUAUUGAAUAUCCAAUGGAUCUCAAAACAAUGACUGAAAGGCUGAAAGCCAAAUAUUACGUGUCUCGGAGGCUCUUUAUUGCGGAUAUGAUGCGAAUAUUUACCAACUGCAAAAUAUACAAUUCGCCCGAGACUAGGUAUUAUGAAUGCGCGGUAACGUUGCAGCAAUAUUUCCAGACUAGAAUGAAGGAGCUGGGAAUUUGGGAUAAAUAAGAAAGAAGUAAUAUAUAAAAUAUGUAUUCAGUUAUGACAAAGAAUAAAAAGUAGUUGAUAAGUGAAAUUUGUGUUC